ACAUCGGGGCGGGGCCUUCUCGACGUCGUGCGUGUGACGUCGCACCCUGAGGGAGUACGUGGCAGUGACGUGCGGUUGUUUGGUCUUUCGGUUCCGGCGGAAGGAAGGCUCGGGAGUCCGGCGGCGUCUCGGUGGGAUUUGGGCCUGAGGGGCCGCACCAGGUUAUGAGCCUCCAUGUAUACGAGGAGACGCCACGGCUCUAGAAACACCGAGCAAGGCGUUUACCUGGGACCUUCCCAGACCCAAGUCCUGCCGCCGCCGCUUGCUGCGACUGUCAAUCCUGCCGACGCAUCUCCUGCCGCACCACCCCCACCCCAGUGGGACACCAUGUCCUGUCAGGAUCGCACCCAGGAGUUCCUCUCGGCCUGCAAAUCUUUGCAAAGCAGACAGAAUGGGCUUCAGCUCAACAAACCGGUGCUCAGUGCUGUACGUCAACGAAGCGAAUUCUCCGUUAUGGCCAAGCGCAUCGGGAAGGACCUCAGCAACACAUUUGCCAAGCUAGAGAAGCUAACCAUCUUGGCCAAGCGGAAAUCACUCUUUGAUGACAAGGCAAUAGAGAUAGAAGAGCUGACCUACAUUGUGAAGCAGGACAUCAACAGCCUGAACAAACAAAUCGCACAACUGCAGGAAUUUGUCAAGGCCAAAGGCAGCCAGAGUGGGAGACAUGUGCAAACACACUCAAACACAGUGGUCGUGUCACUUCAGUCCAAGCUCGCCUCCAUGUCCAAUGACUUCAAGUCUGUUCUGGAAGUGCGGACAGAGAAUCUCAAGCAGCAGAAGACUCGCCGAGAACAGUUUUCCCGCCCGCCGGUUUCUGCCAUGCCCCUCUCCACAAGCAACCUAAGUGGCUCCGCUAUGCUUCAGGACGAACCGCGGCAUUCGGGAGACGUGGCGAUCGACAUGGACAGCCGGACCAGCCAGCAGUUGCAGCUCAUCAAUGAACAGGAUUCCUAUAUCCAGAGUCGGGCAGACACCAUGCAGAACAUUGAAUCGACCAUCGUAGAGCUGGGCUCCAUAUUCCAGCAGCUGGCCCACAUGGUCAAAGAGCAGGAAGAAACCAUCCAGAGAAUUGACGCCAACGUGGAAGAUGCCCAGCUCAACGUCGAAGGCGCACAUACCGAGAUCCUGAAGUACUUCCAGUCUGUGACUUCCAACCGGUGGCUGAUGGUGAAGAUCUUCCUCAUCCUUAUUGUCUUCUUCAUCAUCUUCGUGGUGUUCCUGGCCUGACGGCGGAGGCGGCUUAUAUUCUCGCCCUCUUCCGCGUCCUCCUCCCUCAGAGCUGUGUUUGGACACUGGACUCUCUUGCUCUCUUUGGUGGCCGGCAAACCGCCCGCGCCGUGCCGGGCACCCAAGGGACCCAUUCCUGCCCGUUGUCACCUUUGCCGUGGAGCGGGACCACCAAGGACUCGAGUGCAAUAUCAUUUGGGACUACGCUGUGAAGGACUUUGCUCCCGCCCAUCCUCCCCGCUCCAUCUCAAAUCGGACCAGGAUCUGGCAACACUUUUCCCUAACCUAUGUGUUUGCUCUCGUUCGGAGAUCCGGAAAAGUGUGAAUAUUAUCGCCUCGGUCCCACUUCUUUUUAUAAGCAGACGAUAUUAACACGCUAGCGUCCGGUUCAGAGAGAUCUUCCUUCCUAUAUGGCAUCUUUUGGGGAUGUGAGGCUGGACCACGGCCUGUGCCUUUGGGACAUUUUCUCCCUCCUCCUCUUCCUCCUUUCUUCCAUCCCAUAACAAGGUAGGAUAUUUAAAUCUCUUUUUUUUUGGUAGGCAAGGAAGCAAGCUUGGCCAUUUAACCCCUAGGUGAAGCUCUCCCAGAAUCUUUAAUAAUAAUAAUAAAUAAUAAUAAACUUA